AUGGCCACGCCCCUCAUACUUCCUCUGUGCCCCAAACCCCUCCCUAAAUCCGUCCUCCAGCUACUCAAUCCAUCUCCGUCCAACUCCCACAUCCGCCUCCGCCGCGGGAUAAGAUGCCAAGCCACCGGCCAGAUGCCGCAGUCCACGGCGGUCUACCAAGGCGUGUACGGCCCGUGGAAAAUCGAAUCGGCCGACGUCCAGGAGGUGAUUCUCUACAGGUUCGGCCUCGUCACCGCCGCCUCCUGCUUCGUGGCCGUGUCGUCCACGGCGUUCCUCGAUUGGGAGGCGCUCGAUUUAAUCAGGAGAAAUUCGGAUCUAAUCUCCGGCUUCGGGGCAUGUGGGCUGGGGUUGUCUCUGUAUUUGAUUCACAUUUAUGUUACUGAGAUCAAGAGAACUCUUCAGGCUCUGUGGUUAAUUGGUGCAGUCGGGUCUCUGGGAGCAUACGCUGCUCUGGCCCGACCAGCCGGAAAGUGUUUGGUGGAUUACGUCGUGGAGAAUCCGUCAGCCGUUUGGUUUGUCGGCCCAUUGUUUGCUGCUCUCACAGGCCUCGUGUUCAAAGAAGGGCUUUGCUAUGGCAAGCUGGAAGCUGGUAUGCUGACAUUUAUAAUACCGUCUGUUUUGCUCGGCCACUUGACUGGGCUGAUGGAUGAGAGUACUAAACUAACUUUGUUGGGUGUGUGGAUGGCACUCUUUGUUGUUUUUGCAGGAAGAAAAUUUAGUCAGCCUAUUAAGGACGAUAUAGGCGACAAAUCCGUCUUUAUCUUCAAUGCCAUGUCCGAGGAGGAGAAAGCUGCGUUACUUGAAAAACUUGAGCAGCAGAAUAAUCUGCAGAAUCUGGAUUAG